CUCCGCUGUAUGAGUAAUGGUUUGUUUACAAAUACGCCACUAACCUAAAAUGGAAACUUUACCGGAAAAUAUCUACAAAAAAAUACACGAUUCAAAACUGAAAUCAACAUCGAUUUUACUACACUCCGACAUUUACCUCGAACAAGCCUUGGAUUUGAGCCCCGAGGAAGUUACACGGCUUCGCCGUUCGAUGCUCCGCCGCGAAUUUAUCUCCGCCCGUGACAUACCGGCGUGGCCUCGUCUAACGACCGGUUGCCCGAGCAUCGAUUCGGUUACAUCGGGCGGAAUUCCGAUUAACGGCCUCACGGAAAUCGCGGGUCCUAGCGGGGUCGGCAAGACGCAGCUGUGCCUACAGCUCGCAAUAACGGUACAGCUACCAGCCGGUUUGGGGAAGGGUGCGAUUUAUAUUUGCACGGAGGACUUGUUUCCGUCGAAACGUCUCCACCAACUCGCCGCGUGUUUUUCCGAUCAUAAAGUUAUGGACAACGUGUUCGUGGAACAUAUAUCCGAUUAUGAGCAACUGAGAAGGUGUUGUCAAAUUCGGAUACCCAUGCUACUGUUGAAGCGUCCAAUCGGUCUCGUAGUGAUCGAUUCUAUUGCCGGUGUGUUUCGUAGUGAUAGUGCAACUGUUGAUUAUUCGCAGCGAAGCCGCGAGUUUAGCACAAUUGUGACCUCUUUGAAUAAAUUAUGUCUACAGUACGGGAUAGCGGUCGUUGUUACGAAUCAGGUUGGAGAUAACAGCAUGAAAGGAAGGAGUGAACCGUGUCUGGGGCUUGCGUGGAGUAAUCUUGUUACAUGUCGUUUUUGGAUUAGCAGAGAAUUGGAGGGUGUGCGUAAUUUUGAAGUUGUUUUUGCGCCGGAUUUGCCGAACAAGACCGCUCAAUUUGUUAUUAUAUCCAGUGGAGUUAAAGAUGCGGGUUGAUUGUUAAUUUUAAAGUUUAAUAAAG